UCCUAAAACACCCUAGCCUGUCAUGUGUAUUAACAGGAGCCAUUCUGGGUUCAGGUUACCUUGUGUUUGUGAGUGUGAGCGCUGGGAAGGAAUCCUACAGUGCUCCAAUAAUAAAUGCCGGUGUUGCUGAUAGGGUGAGUGGGAGAAGGGGCCCGCGAGUGCUUAGCAUUGUUCCACCUAGAGCUCCCUGAUUCCUGUCAGACAGCGGCAGACUAACCGGCAGUAGUAGCAGCAGGGGUGUCGCUUUGGGAUCGCGCAGACUGGGUGCUGCAGUGCUGCUGUGUGUGUGUGGGGGGAUUUCUGUGCCGCUGCUGCUGCUGGGCUAACAGAGUGGGAGGAUCACACAGGGAGACUAAUAAGGACACAGCCGGCUCUCCCCUCUGACACUUUUUGGGAGGCUGAAAUUCAGUCAACUUCAACUCUCCUAUCUUUUUAACGGGAAUUACUGACUGGAACUCAAGAGAACAAUUUGCAUGUGGAACACAUGAUUUCUCUUGGAAAUGGAUUAUAUAAUUCUUUGGAUGCUUUACUUUGGAAUGAAAAUCCUUUUCCCUGUUACUUCAUCGAUGGCACUGUCAAACCGAACAGUUUGUCCAAUUUUAAGGACUGAUGGAGUUGACAGUAAACAAAUAUACAAGCAAGUUGUUGAUAUGUCAGGCUAUGACCUUGCUGAACGUUUUUCUCUUAGACAGAUUUCAUGCGGCAGUGAACACACAUGUUUUAAACUUGGAAGUACGCCGCUUAUUAAAGACACAAUGCAACUUUUUCCAAAUGGACUUCCAGAUGAAUAUUCUUUUGUAGCCACAUUCCGUGUAAGGCGAACUACCAAAAAAGAGCGAUGGUUUUUGUGGCAAACAAUGUCCCGCUUUGGCAAUCCCCAGGAUUCCAUUCUAAUUGAUGGCAACAAGAAAGUAGUGGAGUUUACAACUAAGCACAAUGGAGUAAUCACUUUACAGUACACAUUUAAAAGCCGUGAGCUUCAUCUUCUCUUUGAUCGUCAAUGGCACAAACUUGGACUCAGCAUAGAAUCCAAGAUUAUUUCUCUUUAUAUUGACUGCAAGCUAAUUGAAAGAAGACAGACUGAUAGGAAGGAUGGUAUUGACAUGCAAGGCAGUUCGGUUAUUACAACACGUGCCUCUGAUGGCAAACCUGCUGAUAUUGAACUCCAACGAAUAACAAUUUACUGCAGCCCAAAGCGUGCAGCUCAACAAAACUGCUGUGAGAUAUCUGAUGGAAUGUGUCCAUCUCAGGAAAGCCUUCAAACCACUGCUUCAGCGAUUGUAGCUCAGAAGAUAAAUUCCCUUCAGUCAAAAGAAGUGAUUGCCAAAGAUAAGUGCCCCUGCUUGCCACAUAAGGGUGAUCCUGGUUUGCCAGGAGUUGCAGGCCUACCAGGGCAGAAAGGAGAAAAUGGACUCCAGGGCGAGAAAGGAAGUAAGGGAGAAAUUGGUAUCCCUGGACAGAUUGGAGACAAGGGAGAAGAAGGCACAAGUGGGCUUGCUGGACUCCAGGGAGAACGAGGUCAAGAUGGAAGCAAAGGAGAGAAAGGAGAAAUGGGUCAAAAAGGAGAUCAAGGAGAACUUGGACCCAUUGGCCUACCUGGGAAAGAUGGCUUGGAUGGCAAACCAGGCAUUCACGGUUCAAUUGGCCCCAAGGGAGAAAAGGGGGAAAGUGGACCACCAGGGCUAGCUGCAUUACCAAUUGUAGCUGGUGGCAUAAAAGGAGAUAAGGGAUCUAUUGGUCCAGAAGGUCUUCAAGGUCCCCCAGGGAAUGAAGGUCAAAGGGGAAGAAGAGGAAAACCUGGGCCCCCUGGCAAUCCUGGACCCUCUGGACCUCCUGGAGUGCCUGGAGAGAGCGGACCCAGUGGCAUGAAAGGGGACAGGGGGGAUGUUGGUCUAAGAGGAUUGCCCGGCCUGCCAGGACUGGUUGGCUCUGUCUCAAAGGGGGAACCAGGGGAAACUGGCAACAAUGGAGAGCAAGGUGUUAAGGGAGAAACUGGAAAUCCAGGAUUACCAGGGAUGACUGGCCUCCCAGGAAUACAGGGUCAAAAGGGGGAGCCUGGUGCAAAUGGACUAACAGGGGAAAUGGGGUUACCAGGAGAACAUGGCGUUGUUGGGAAGCAGGGUGUUAAAGGGGAAAAGGGAGAGGCUGGUGGUAUUGAAGGACCUCCUGGUCCUCCUGGUCCAAAAGGUGAUACAGGACCACCAGGAGCUGGUUUACAAGGUGAGCCGGGACCAAGUGGAACCUCUGGUGCACCUGGCCCUAGGGGCCCUAAGGGAGAAAGAGGGUUGCCAGGUGUUCAAGGAUUGCCUGGAGAAGUUGGACCACCUGGGACUGGCAUAGAAGGUCCUCAAGGACCAAGAGGUCCACCAGGAGAACACGGUAUCCAGGGUCCACGAGGUCUUCCUGGAGUGCCAGGACUUCCGGGUGCAGAGGGUGUCCCCGGCAGAGAUGGAAGGCCAGGAUUGCCAGGGCCUCCAGGUGACCCAAUUGCACUUCCACUUCUUGGUGACAUUGGGGCAGUGCUAAAGAAUGUUUGUAGCCACUGUCAAAUUGGUGGCCCGGGUGUUACAGGUAUUAAAGGCGAAAAAGGGGAUGAUGGGAUUCCUGGACAGCAUGGAGUUAAGGGUGAUCCUGGUCCAAGGGGCCCUUCAGGAAUACCUGGUAAAGAAGGACCAAAGGGAAUCAAAGGUGAACGUGGAUUCCCUGGACUCUCUGGAGAAAAAGGCGAUCAGGGAAUGCAAGGUAUUCCUGGGCUUCCUGGCUUGAUAGGACCUUCUGGACCAUCAGGUCAUUUUGGGAGACCAGGACAUCCAGGGCCAGCCGGCCACAAAGGAGAAAAGGGUAAUGAAGGUUCUCCUGGAAUUCCUGGACCUCCUGGGCCUCCUGGCAUACCUGUUCCUGAAAGAAAUGGAAUGGGAAGUCUAUAUAAAUUACAGGGAGCUGCAUCUGCUGUCUAUAUGGGACCACCUGGUCCACCUGGUCCAAAAGGUGACCAAGGUCCUAUGGGAGAAGCAGGCCCUAUGGGAUUGCCAGGCUUGGAAGGGCUCCCAGGAGAAAAGGGAGAACGAGGACAAAUUGGCCCACCAGGAAUUGCUGGCACACCAGGGAGAAAUGGAGCCCCAGGUCCUCCAGGAUAUCCAGGUGAAUCAGGCGAAAGAGGUCCAGUAGGAGAUAUUGGUUUCCCCGGGCCUGAAGGACCUGCUGGAUUACCAGGAAAGAACGGAAAUGAUGGAUUACCAGGUUCAGUGGGAGCCCCCGGACGGCCAGGAGACAGAGGCCCAAAAGGAGAACGUGGUGACCCAGGUAUACCAGGUGACCAAGGUCCACAAGGAGAAAGAGGAAAACCAGGGCCAUAUGGCUAUAAGGGAGAUAUGGGAUCUGAGGGACCACAAGGACCUCCUGGAGAAAGAGGAUACCAGGGAAUUCCAGGAAAUAAUGGGCAUCCAGGACCACCCGGUCAACCAGGAAUUUCGGCGGAGAACAUUUUAUUUGAAGAAAUGAAAAGAUAUAUUAGACAAGAAGUUUUGAGAAUAUUUGAAGACAGAAUGGCUGAAUUGCUAUCCCAGCUGAAGACACCAGCUGCCUUACUUGCUGCUCAAGGCCAUGGCAAACCAGGUCCACCAGGAAACGAUGGACUGCCAGGACCUCCUGGAGAUCCUGGGCCCCCAGGCCACCAAGGAUUAAGAGGGCAGAAAGGUGAGAGAGGAGAAUUUGGCAUUGGUCUUCCUGGAAGUCCUGGUCCAGCAGGCCCUACAGGUAUGCCCGGUUCACCUGGAACUCAAGGACCUUCUGGACCUUCAGGACCUCCAGGCAUAGGAGGAAGGUGUAAUCCAGUGGAUUGUUAUUAUCCUCUAUCACAUGGUCGAUCACGACUCAAUGGAAAAUGAGCUUUCUCUGGAAACCAGCGUGUGAAAGAUCGUUGAGAUGAUGCUGAAAAGAGACUGCCCAUUGUUACUGGAGGCCAUCUUUCCUUAAGAAAACACAGGAUAGGGUGUUCUUCAAAGCAAUGGGCAAUUACAUUAUAAAGCAAUUUCCACAAUGGAAUCUUGGUAUUCCUCUUGACUGGUGCUCAAAAAUCUAUUUGCCACCAGAGGCAAUGGAACAACUUAGUGGGAGAUAAAUCCAGUCUUGAACAACUAUUUAUACUAUGAUAUUGGCAAGAAAAACUUUGGCUGAACCAUGAAGGAUACAUUUCUUGUUCUGACAGUAAAAAGUAAUGUAAAAAUCACCCUCAUUGGGGUUUUAUAUGCAUUAUUUUUAUAAAUUAUUUGAUCAGAGGUAUUUUUCCUUCUAGAUUAUUUUACCCUUGGUUUAAAACUCAAUCGCUGAUGCAGUAUAUACUCAGCUUUUGAUAAAACCUGGAUGAUUAUGCCAAAGUCUAUUGAUAUUGACCUACAGUAUAAUUUCAGCUUGGAGGAGUCUGAGAUAAAAGAAUGCAUUCUACAGCUGAUCUAAGUAUUAUGCCAAAGUCUAUUUAUAUUGACCUAUUAUAUCAGCGUUUAUUUCUAUAUACAUUUUUUUUGUAGGAAUGAGGUAAAAUAAGUUGUAUUUGAGAAUAAGCUUGAUAGAGAUGUAAGAUACAUUUGGAAAAUAGAUUCUUUUCCAUGUGAACUUAAAAGUAAUAUAGUCAAGCCUGUUGUUUCCAGAGGCCAAGUACCUAAACUGUUUGCUGUAAUUUUUAACAUUUGAUGUUUGUGUUGCACACAUCUUUAAAACCACAAAAGUCUUAAGUUUUCUACUCAUGCAUAGCAUUCAUUUAACCACAACAUUCUCAUUUAGUGACUUCCAUUGUACAGUGUAAUUAGCAACUUAAAGCAUAUAAUAACUUUUUCUCCCUCUGCUAUUUCCAGAAAGAAAUCACUAUUUAUUUAAAUGCCAAUGGUAAUAUGCGCUACAGUCUCAUUCUUUAGCAAUAAUUUGCCAUUUAUGAACCAGGGAUACCAGUUAAUUAUUCCUAGGAUGGUGAUGGUCUGCUUUUUUUUUUUUUUACAAAAGAUGCAAAUUGAGAUACUAAUUCUUCAUUUAAUAUACGAUUACAAGUUAUAGGGAAGGAUCACCUAUAUCAUUACUACUCUCUGCAAUGCAGGUUUGGCAAUCUGGAGAGUGUAUAUAUAUAUAUAUAUAUAUAUAUAUAUAUAUAUAUAUAUAUAUAUAUGCUGGCCUUGCAAGAACAGACUUUAAAGUGAAUUUGUUACCUCUAUAUAUUCUUUUACAGUUCUCAUAAGAGCAUACAUUUUCUGUGAUCUCUUUAGAUCAGCACAAGAAUUGUUAUGAUGCCUGAUACUGUCGGGAAUAUAUGUUCUACUGAGGUUCUUUGCAGUGAGAGAAAACAUCUCGGUGUGGUGCUGUGAAACCUCUAUGUAGUAUCUAGGAUCACAUUGGUUGGCCAGAAUCUUGACUUUAUUAUUGCAGUUUAUUUCCAAAAAGUGAAUAAACGACCUGCAUACUGUUCCUGAGAGGGGUUAUAGCUUCUCUCAAUUCAAUAAAGUAGAUAGGAGUUGGCUGUAAAGAUUUAGACCUUUGAGAACUGUGCCGCUAUAUGCAAGAUCCUAAAGAGCACUUACUUCUAGAGUAGCCUUGACCAUGAAUCAAGUGUUAGUGAAGGUUACAUGACACAUCAUACCUAUAUAACUUUAUUUUGGAUUUGGAGGGCAAGCCCGGGCGGAAUGUUCUUUGUGACUGGCAGUUACCCAGAAGAAGAAGAAUACUACAACAGCCAUAAGCUAUUUUACCAAAAUAAAAGGCAAAUAUAUUUGAUUCAGAUUCAACUGGAUCAAGGGUGGGACACAUAAGCAAAGACUGACAGAAUGAAAGGCUUUAUUCCUCUUCCAUAAUUGUUAGAGCUUUUAAGUCAGAUAGGCACUAAAGAAGCCUGAAAAUGAAAGUAAAUGUAAUCAAUUGUUAGGAGAUAGAUUUGAAUAUAUUGCGUGGGUCAGAUAUAGUGAUGAGCGAAAUUUUUCACCAAGUUUCUCCACAAAAAUGACUACCAAAGAUGCCAAUGGUUGCAAAAAAUGGUAGUUUGUCAAAUAUAAAUUUGUCCUAGAAAUUUUCGCUGUGGAUGUUCGCCAAAGCGAAACUGAUCAGAUUCGUCCAUCACUAUAUACUUCGUAUUCCGUAGUGUUUUUUCUUGUUUACUGCAACUAUUACUGAUAGUAAUAAAUGAAAGGUGCUGAUUUUUAUGCACGUUGCAUGAAUGCAAAGUUGUACAUAUAUACAAUAGAGAUGUUAAUAUUUUGAGACUUUAAUUGUUGAAAAGAAUAUACUAUUGAGAUAUUGCUGUGUGCUCAUUUUAAUUAUUUUUUAUUUGUUUUAAUAUCUGGAUUAAUAGAGAGGGAUUGUACAGAAUUAUGAUUAAAUAUAAACACACCCCCCUGUCUAAUGGAUUGAGCUGCUCCACUGGUGAUUAAUACUGUUUUUGGCACAGUAAGCAGCCUUUUUUCUCCAUUACCCCUUCUCUCCAUUACGUAUAUGACUUUUAGUCGAAUUGUAUCUAAAUUACCUUACUAACUAUGUGUGUUACAUGAGUAUGAAAUGUGUUUUUUUGCCAUUUUUCUCAUGCCUUAAGGGGCCAGUGAGAAUUUUAGAUACGAAAAAAAAAAAAAUCCCAGCAUGUAUAAAACACAAAAAUUCAAAUCAAGAUUUUGGUAGAAGUUUUGAAAACUUGCUACGAUUAACCCAUCAGGUAUAAUAGUGUUAGAUAUUUAAGAGCACUUUUGGCUAAAGAACCCUAAGGGAAAACAAGGAAAUGCUUUAUUAAACAGGGAAACACAUUUUUAAUUAAAAAAAUGAAAGCACGGAAAAAGUGUAAAACAUAUUUUGGCCUGAAUUAAACUACUGUACAUGGGAAAAUGAAGCUUUAACUAAAUGGGAAAAAUUAGCCAACUGUAAAAAAAAAUUGUAUUGUUAAUAUGGAAGAAAAAAAUGUUAGUUAAAUCAUCAAAAAGAGAAAUCAUCAAUACAUUUAUUACUUUUGUUUUUCAUUUCAAGGAGAAACAAACCUUUACAUAUAAUAUUUCUAUUUGGGGAUAAAUAAACUUGCAGUGAUCCUCAGUUUAACCGAUGAAUACCAUAGUUUUAAAAGGUUCUUAACUGACCCCUAAAUGCACAAAGUAGCACUUCUGCCACGUUAUCACACUGAUCAUUUGAAGAGAUACAUGUAAUACGGCCAACCUUGUAUGCAAAAGGACCAGUUAAAUGUGCCACGACUUGGCCUUUGAGCUGCUAAGCUUUAUUUGCAAUUAAAGUUCUGAUCACAUUUUACGACUGAGCACUGGACUAAGAUGUAUACACCUAAGGUAAAAAUGUGUUGCUAUGAGUAUCAGUUGUCUGUCUAUGCAGGUACACUUCUGUCCUGACUUAUUGCCUGGCACAUUUUUAAACAGGUAUUGUUGCAUCACAGCAUUUAAUUUAGAUCAGACACCGAAAAUUCAAAGGCUCAAGUAGGGGGCUUAAAUAUAACUAAUGCAGUGAUUCAACAGAUGUGAUUAUGGGAUGUAAUCAUGAAAAAAACAUUUAAAAAAAAUAAUUAUGCUUCUAUAGCCUCCAGUGCCCCAGAUUCAUCAGGCAUCCCCAGCUCAGAUGUCCACAAAUGAAAGUGAUAGCCCACGAUGUUGUCUUCUCUCGGGAACCAUGUACACAAGGAGCAUGAGUAUAUAGCCGCCAUGUUUGCAAUUGAAUUCAUCUCCAGAGAUGGCAGCAUUGAACAUAUCAGAGCUGGGGCUUCCUGAUACAAAAUCCCAAGCCUUAGUUUGUGUUACAAUACUUAAAAUACUUAUAGUUAUAUUACAUACCCUGCACACUGUGACAAACUAGAAACAAUAGUAGUUUCACAAUACAAAGAGACAACUCGGGAGUGUUAGCUAGACUACUUUCUGGAGUUGGCCAGCAGCUAAAAACAAUAUUCAGGCCUUUUUUUGCAUACACAAAAGAAUUGUCAGUGCUCAAAUUCAGCCUGUGUGACCCCUAUAAAUAUAUUUUACAAAAACUGAGGUGCUAGUAGCACAUUUUGUCAAAAUACUUAAGCUCAUGUCACUUUAAGGCCCUUUAUUUCAGAUGUGUCAUAUACUGCCCCCUGUGUGCUUAAUAUUAAAAUGCAUUGAGAAACAUUAAACCCCUAGCAACAAUGUGCAUUAGAUGUGGCUGAGCCGUAGAACUGUGUUCACUUGCCCUUUGCACUUAGGAUCUAUAGGAGCAUUGUCAAUCAUUGAUAGUAUUUCCAGUAGAUAAGCUACUAAAUAUGUUCACUGGCUCAAAAAAAUAAUAUUAAAUAGGCUCAAAGGAGAAAUAUUUACAUUGCCUAUAUUUUUCCCUUGAAUGAAUUAUAUUACAUUCCCACAUAAAUCUUUUAAAAAGGGGUAUUUUUAAAGCACUGGGACAAGAAGAUCACCUAUAACCUACAUAUAUGGGUUUUGUUUUCCUUAAAAUCCUUUUGAGGUCUUUUCAGUUCCUUUCCUUGUGUUUGUAUGGUGAUCUUUAUUGCUGUCAUUUCAAGUCUUGACUGAAUCUAGAGUAUUUAAUGAUGCAUAUCGUUUUUAGCAAGUCACGGUACAGGGGAACGUUGUAGCUUCCUACUUGCUGAAAAACGCACAUGCAGUAUCAUUCAUCUAAUAUGUGUUGAACAUCGUCGAUAUACAGAGUUAUGGACAGUUUCACUUAUGCACUUAUUUUAUUUUUCUUGUUAUCAUUUACGUUGCCUUUCCACAUCAAUACAUGCUCAUUGUAUCACCAAAUGGCCUCUAAAAAGAAAGGCGACACAAGCCAGUGUUUGAACAUAAAUUUCUUAGAAAAUUGAGUCCUACUUCCCCUCAGUGCUAUUUGAUUGUCUUUAGUGCAGCCCUUUGACUCUCACAUACAGGCAGCUGGGCUCUAGAACAGCAGAAAAACUUGUUUUAACUCAUUUAUUAUGUCUGCUAUAGAAAUUGUAGCUUUCUUGUGUUACUCUUUGCAUAUUGAAAUAUGUAUUCUUUAGGACUGAUAUUGAAUAAUAAUGCUAUCUUAACAAAAUAAUCCAAUAUGUUGUGAUUUGGUUUUAACGUUUAUUAAUGUUCCAUUUUAUUCUAUCGCUAUAGUAUAUAUUAUGAUUAGUAAUAUUCUUUAAGCAUUUCAAGGGCAAUUGACUAUGGAAAUCUAUUCAAAUAUAGAUUUGAUUCAAGUCAAUACUUUAGAGGUCAUUGAAUUUUGCUGCGAAAGAGAAAUGAUCAUGAAACAAAAACUAGUGUAGUGGUAAAAAGAUCAUUUUGUUUCUUUGCCUAUUAGAGUGCGUAUUAUUUUUCUUCUUGCUGGAAGGACCUUAUUUUAAGUAAUGGUGUGAUUUACUGUAAGUUUUCCGCAUAGAGUUCAUUCUCCCUCUUAGUCAGUGAAUCACUGUAGGGAAGAGCCAGGCAUCUCAUUAUUAAACCGGUCAUAUUAAAAUAGAAUUAAGCAGUGAGCUAAUAUAAAGCAUGGUGAGAUUUUUUUUAAAAAAGAGGGAGAUGUUCACGCACAAAACAGAACUUGAAGAAUAAAGCGUGCAUGAAAGAUAUUUUUAUUGAAACCCGUCCCAGUUAAAGAAAUCUUUCGAGAGAUUAUUUAUAAAAUGGUGAACUUUUACUUUACUUUUACUUUAACUUUUACCCAUGAAUAAAAACACCUCUAAAAAUCCUAUCGGAAUGAAUAGAUUGGCGGAUUUUUACUGUGGUGAGCUCUUGAAAAUGCUAAUUAGAUCAGGAUAUUCUCAUGCACCAUUCUCAUGAGUCUGCAACUUUUUGACUUGACCUCUUCCAUUGAUAUUAGACCAUCUGACAAUAUGGCUAUGGGUAAUUGUAAUAAUCACACUAAAUUAGGUUGGCCCUAGGGUUUCUGCUAUAUGGUAAAUGUAUCAGUUUGCUAUCAAUUGCAGACCAGAAGCAGUCUGUCCUAGAUUUAAAGAGGAAACCAAAACGUAUUGCCCCAUAGCUGUUCUGAAUGGGCAGAAUUGACUAUAAUUGUGCUCAGCUCUAACUGGUGGGUGUCUCAUCCUAUCCAGCAAAGAGAAGUUCCACAUCUCUGGUCCUGUCUGUUUUGGGCUUAUAAAUAUUUAAAGAAUCUUAAGAUAGCGUUAAAUUGCUGACCCAAUAAUAUCACAAACCCGUCUAUGCUGAUCACAGUCCUAAAUAAACGCAUGCUCGCCUGUUUGCAAAAUUGCCAAUAUAUCAGUCUGAUUGAAAAAUAAAACAUCAAAAAAUGAUUGUUGCAUUUUACUUUUUGAAGUAUGGAUAUCUAAAAUAACAUGAAGUAGCAUAAGUGGAAAGAAGAAAAGCUUUCUCUUAUGCCAAGAAAGGCCACAGAAUUCGUAUUUAUGAAGCAUUUUAAAUAUAUUUUAUUAGUCACAUUUGCAGAAGCGCUCUGGCUGUUUACAUCCAGAGCGCCUUAACUACUUGCUAAAAGCAUAACAUAUGAAUUACUUGCAAUAUGCUGAGCUAUAUCAGAAGCUUAUUUUUGCUUCCCACACUAGUUUACAUAAAUCUCCCUCCUACGUAUUUAUUUGUAGACAUUUAAUUAAUCACAGCACAGGAAAAAUCUAUUAACUGGAAUUUAAACACACGGAAGCUUUGAAAAUAUAUAUUGUUAGAAGUCCAAUCACAGUCAACGUGCCUUAUUCCUCUCAGUUAAAGCUGGGAACUGGCUGUGGGUGAUUAGACAUGUAGUUUAACAUUUUCUGAAUUUCUAAUUGUGAUCCAGACUUUCUAUACUAUUAUUUAAUGUUUUCAUGUUUCGUUUACGGCCUGUAAGGGGUCUAAACUGCAACAAUGGUUCCCAAUAUAAAGUAUUAAAACUAUGUUUCAAGCUAAACUAUCACUUUCUUCUCAACCUAUUAUUAGUUCUAAUUAGUUAUUAGGCCCUAUACACUAAAGAAAUAAAAGCAGGAUUUCAACUAAAUGCCCCUUUGGAAUGAACACACUAUGUUUUUGUUUGCUCUAGGGGCUGUUAAACACAAAUGUCCAGAAUACUAAACAAGAAACAUGUACAGGUAUGGAAUCCAUUAUCCAUAAACUCCCAAAAAAUCCAUUUUAAUCAAAUAAUUUUAAAUGUA